UUGGACUCCCAACUGGUUGUAAGUCGUUCAUUCAGACAAAAUAACCGUGAAAGCGAUGACGACGGGGACAAGGAUAACGAUACUGUCGACGUGGAGGGAACCUUGUCUAACAUCCACAGUGGAUCUGAAGUACAAACACUAAUGCAAAAGACUGCCAUUUCCAACGAGUUGACCUGCAUUGCUGACAGUCUGCUCGACUUAGUUUCCACCAAUGUCGGUGGGCGGCGUGUCCCUGAAGAGGUCAAAAAUGGGCAGCUUAUAGAGGCAAAUGUGGACACAGCAAUUAACUGUCGUACAUGCACCUGUUAUCAGAGACUGAGCCAAUUUCUCCAGUUCAAUGUCACUGUCCUAGCUGAACAAAUAACCUCCAUGGAGGAGGUGUGUUUUGAUGGAAUUCAGCUCUACGAACUCAUCAAUAUAAAAGAUCUUGAGAAGGGGAAUACGCCAACCCUCUCUCGAUGCAUUCAACACUUUAACGACCUAAAUUCCAUGGUCAAGUGUCUGACCCGUAUAGCAAAGGAACUGGGAGACCCACCUUCAAAAGUUCCAUCGGUCUGUGGUGAGUGUGACACCUGCAUCGAUGACACGCAACACGAGGUCACCAAUUUAGAGCCCCUCUGCCCUCUGUGUGGCCUUCAGAGGGAGGCGAUAAUGCAACAACGUCUUAUGGAGGACAAUUUACAAAGGGUGUCAAGAAAAUUUAUGGAAUCUCGUGGCGCCAAUCUAAGAAGCUAUCUGUGCCUCUCUCCCAUUUCACAUUCCCUUCCGUUGAGGGUAAAAAGAAGUAAUGUCCUCCUGGAAAAUACCCUCGUCCAUCUGUGUGACUUGGCGCAGGUAGAGUUUCCAAUUUCUCUCGCCAUUUUUGGCGGGUGCCGAGAUGAAGGGCAGCACCACAAUCCCGUUCUGAUAAAGGAACUCAAAAAGAUGAACAACUUUAGUUCCUUUUUGGCGGUGAUACUGGGUUUGCAAAAUGCACCAUCUCAAAGUGUCUCUAAACGCCUUAGACUGAGGUUAACUAAACUAGGAGCCUACAUGCUGCCGCCGAGUUUUAGUGCCUAUCGUCACGACCUUGAGGCGGCUAAGAUGCCUUGCCUGCCCUACUUGGGCCUGGUCUUCCAACAACUCAUCCACUUGGAUAAUGGGAAUGUGCUCUUUUUAUCAACUUCCUCGAGGGAGGAGGACACUUCUGCCUCUUCCUCCAAUCGAGGCCUCAUUACUGGUGAUGAGGCGGACGCCAAUAAGAUUGUCAAUUUUUGGCGGUGCUGGAAACAUUACCUCAUCUUAGGCUACUUCAUGAAACGCACCGAUCGAGACAUGCUAGAAGAAGAUGAGAAAAGGCAAUUCUUAUGA